GAGAACGACAGGCAGACAGAGACAGAGAGAGAGAGAGAGAGAGAGAGAGAGAGAGAGAGAGAGAGAGAGAGAGAGAGAGAGAGGGAGAGAGAGAGAGAGAGAAAGAGAGUGAGAAAGUGCGAGAAGAAAUUUGAGGGAUGUUAAACUCCAUCGGCUUGGAUACGAAGAAUAGAUCGUGCGACGUUGACGUCCGAUACGAACGAUCGCUGCCAUCAUCGGCAAUGACGUCCUUGAGAGAGAGACGCUGACUAUCUCUAACGCAAUACAACGAGGAAUAGGGUGAAAGAGAGACAUAGUGAAUCAGAGAGAGAGAGAGAGAGAGAGAGAGAGAGAGAGAGAGAGAGAGAGAGAGAGAGAGAGAGAGAGAGAGAGAGGGAGGAAGAGUGAAAGAGAGGGAGGAAAAUAGAAGGAUAGAGGAAGAAGGAAGGAGAAACUGAGUGGGAAAAAAACGUGCACUUAACGGCGAAGUGUACACGGGGGAAGAGGAAUAGAAGGAGAAGGGAAAGGAGAAGAAGAAGGAUAGAGAAGGAGGUGGGAAAAGGACGACGACUGUUAGAAACCGUGCAACUCGAUAGUCGUCUUGGAAUUAAGGAAGACCUUUGGGAAUACGCGGAUUAAGGAUACAGACCACCCAGCUCGAAUUCCUCAAAGGAAAGAGGAUCGUCCACUGGGGAGAGUUGGUGGUGGUGGUAGUGGUGGUGAUUGUGGUAGUAGUAGUAGCAAUAGUAGUAGUAGUAGUAAUAGUAGUAGUAGUUAUUGGAAGGAGAAGUAAGAGAAACAGGAGAAGGAAGUAAAAGGAGAAGGAGAAGAAGAAGAAGAAGAAGAAGAAGAAGGAAGAUCCUUGUCAAAGACGAGCUAAACGUGUCCAAGUUGAUUCGUUGAAGGUUAACAAACAGGAACGAAAUCUUCGAUGAGGUUGUUCCCAAGUCUUAUUAAGAAACAUGUCAAUAGCAACUAAGAACUUGUAACGACGAGACCAAAACAUAACGGAGAUACAUUAAGGGACUCGUUAUUAACGCCGUGGGCCAAGCAACGAGUCAAAUCAAAUAUAUAUAUAUAUAUAUCUUAGAGAGAUACACACACACACACACAUACAGACACACACACAUACAUAUAUACAUUCAUUCUUUCACUCUCACUCUCUCAAUCUGAAUCUCUCUAUCCUUGUCUCUAUCUAUCAUACUCUCAUUCAUUCACUUUCCACGUUCCACAAUAUUUCCUUAACUCGAAUAAUAUCGUACGAAGAAACUUCUUUCUCUCUCUCCUCUCUCUCUCUCUCUCCUCUCUCUCUCUCUCUAUCAAAGAUAUUUUAUACCUUUCGAAUUUCCUUCGUCGGUUCUCGUUUGCGAAAUACCUCCCUGCAAAAGGAGAUAGAGAGAAAGCGAAAUAGAGAGUGAAAUAGAAAGAUAGAGAUAGAUAGACAGAUAGAUAGAGAGAGAGAGAGAGAGAGAGAGAGAGAGAGAGAGAGAGAGAGAAAUUGGACGUGUUUCGAUUCGUGAAACUAUUUGGAGGAAAUAACGGCAACAACAACGACGCACGAGGACUAGGGCGUACGUAGGAAACGCGUUGUAUCGCUAACUAAAAUGUUUCAACGUUUUCGCGAGUGCACCGAUCUCUCUAACAGGGGUUACACCGUUCUUGUUCUGGAAUAUUUCCCUUCGACAUACUACAUAGGUUUGCCUUUUGUGCACCGUGAGAAUUACUUUCCCAAGUUGGUACGGAAUAGCCUUCAAGCGGGACGAAUUUCGUCUGAGCCGUAAUAUCAAUUUCGUUUGAAGGAAGACAGAAGAAGAGGAAGGAAAGAGAGAGGGAAUAAAGAGAGUAAGAUAUACAUAUAUAUAUAUAUAUAUAUAUAUAUAUAUAUAUACACACACGCAAAGAAAGAGAGAGAGAUAGACAUACGUAUGUUGACAAGAGAGAAUUCACAGAAACGUUUUCAUUCCUCUCCUCUUGAUACUCCCACUUUCUCUCCCUUUUCCUUAUUCCUUUUCCUUCCCCCCCUCCCUAUCUCUCUCUCUAUCUCCCUCUCCCACUCCCUCUCCCCCCCCCUCUCUCUCUCUCUCUCUAUCGUUAUCGUUCAUUCGUUCGUACGUUCGCUCUCGCUGUUGCCGCGUAAAAUAUAAACAAUAAACAUAGAAACGUUCAAGAAGAUCAGAGGAAGCGUAGUAUAUAACAAGUUACCGUCACGAUCGUAUCUUAUCGGCUUUCUCGAUCGCAUAUCGGAUUUUAAACUCUUAUGGAAGACGGAAUAUGUACUUUAUAUGUCUCUCGUCUGUUAAUUCGAUCGUCAAAGAAUCGACACGAAAUAUACGAAACCGUGCGUCUUCCUUUUAUUAUUAUUAUUAUCAUUAUUAUUAUUACUACUACUAUUAUUACGAAGACGACGACGAAGACGACAAAAAAUAUUACUAUUACACGUCUCUCUUCGACACGUUUCAAAAUCGAACGAUAAUAAGCGACGUGAAUCGUUAUUGACAAAUUCCCUAUACCUGGAGGUCUUCUUUCUCAAGACUUAAGGAAAUCUAAAGGAUAGGUGAGCGACAUAAAGCGUAUUACGUUCUAACUGUUCUGUAAGUCGACUGGCAAAAUUUUUAUCGUCGUCGUCGUAAUAUAUUAUCUUAUAUUCUUUGUAACACGUAACAUUAUUACGGGAUAUAGAAUAAACACGUCAUACGUACAUAAGUACGUACGUACGUAAAAUAUAAGAAAACAAAGAAGAAAGAUUUGACCUUUUCGAACGAAGGAUUGAAAAAGUAUCGUAAAUAGAAAAAAGAUACGGUUUCUUUUGCGUGUGUGUGUAUAUGUGUAUAUGUGUGUGUGUGAGUGCGUGCGUGUGUGCACGGCGUUUAAAAGUGUGUUGUCAACGACGACGACGACGACGACGACGAUAAGGACGAAAAGAUUCGUCCCUAUUUUCUUCCUUUUAUGAGGAUAUACGACAUACGGACGAAUCGAAAGCAACGAGAACGUUGAUUAGUUCGUUGGUGGGUGGUAGGUAUAAUGAUAUUAAACGUUUAGUAGUGUGCGAAUGAAUGUUAGAUUGAAAAGAGAAGAAGGGAAUACGAACGGGUGAAAGAGGGAAGGAAAAAGAAAGAAGAAAAGAAGAAAAGAAAAGAACAAAAUAGAAACAAGGAGUGAGAGAAAGAGAGUGAGUGAGAGAGAGAGAGAGAGAGAGAGAGAGAGAGAGAGAAAAGAGAGAGAUAGAGAGAGAGCGAAUUAGAAAUAGAGAUAAAUAAAAAGAAAGGAAGGUAACACCUCUUCUGGCGUGUAUCAUAAAUGUUUUCGUAUUUUUGAAAUAAUACGAAUAAAGUAUAAUAUUACCGAGUAUAUUAUUAUUCGGUUUAUUAUAUUUCUCGGUUUGGGAACGAGGAUUUGGUAUAUUCAUGUAAUACGUUUGUGAAUGUGCGCGGGUGAGUCGGUGAUACGUGCGGACGGGAGAAACGGACCAGCCUUUGGAAAAACAUGGUACACGAAGGCACAGGUUUAUGGCAUACUGCUGGAUUCAAUGUGUCGAGGUGGCUGAUGGUUAUAAUACACGGCUAUCGGGUCACCAGUCUCAUCCUGUCUAUCUUACUUAACGUGCUGGUACCUACCGAGUACCACACGAGCACGGUUACUGCCGAGAUAGUAGUCGGUGCUGGAAACGGGAACGCUUUGGGGACGACUAUGACGACUACUACGACGACUACGACGAGAACGGCGACUACGACAACGUCGACGUCGUCGACUACGACGACGACGACGACGACUCUGAGACCAUUGGACGUCGAGCUACCACCCACUCUACCGAUGACCUUUGGUACCGAGAACUCAACUACGAUCUCAGCGCAAUCCGGUUCCAUGGCUUUGCUACCCUGCGUUGUUCACAAUCUUGGCGACGGAGUGGUGUCGUGGAUAAAGCGUAAGACUGUUCAGGAAUUAUUGACGGUCGGUCUGAUAACGUACGCUAACGACGAGCGUUUUCAAGCGAUUCACUUUCAUCACAGCGAGGAUUGGACGUUGCAAAUAAAAUACGUACAGGGAAGAGACGCGGGACUUUAUCAGUGCCAAGUGUCAACGCAUCCACCUACAAGCAUAUUUUUGUUUCUCGAGGUUGUCGAGGCCAGAGCUGAGAUAAGCGGACCCCCAGAGAAAUACGUGAGGCCCGGAAGUACUCUACAGCUUCACUGCGUUGUCAGGAAGUCUACCGAGACACCGUCUUAUCUCUUCUGGUACCACAACUAUCGAAUGAUCAACUACGACAUCGAACGCGGCGUCAACGUCAGCACCGAUCUGAUAGCACGUGAAAGUUGGUUGGAGGUGCCACGUGCAUCCGAUCGACAUUCGGGCAACUACACCUGCGAAACCAGCAAUGCAUUACCGGCACGUGUAUUGGUACUCGUCAUCAAAGGCGACAAUCCUGCUGCCAUGCAACACAGUUCAACAAAAGUUUCCACCUUACCUCAUAACGAAUCAAUUUUCUUCUCGACAUUAAUCGUAUUGAUAAUCCUUUCGUAAGUUAUCGUAAACAAAAAAAAGAAAAGAACGAAAAGGAAGGAAGAAAGGAAAAAAAAAAAAAUAAUUAAAAUAAGAGAAAUGACAAAAAGGAAGGAAGGAGGGAGGAUUAUUGCCGUCGCCGCCGUUCUCAUUAAUUUAAAAAAAAAAAGAAAAAAGAAAAAAAAAAGAAAAAAAAAUGAGAAAGUGUUCGACAGAAGUUACGAAUCUAACGAUGAUUUAAUUAACAAUUAUCGGAUAUAAAUUAUAUUUCGAGAUUAUAAUUUAUUAUUAACGUUGGAAUGUUCUAUCGAAAUUACAUAGUCUCGUUUUCGAAAAUUAAUAAUACAUUUAAUUCAAUAAUAUAUUGUUAAUAGAGACAACAUAUAUAUAUAAUAGAAAGUUUCCCUUACUUAUUCGUUUAACAUUCUUCCCUCUAAUAAUUGAAAUUAACAUUUCUCAAGUUAUUCAUGAACUAUUUCAAGGAGUAAUUUAUAUCCGGUAAUAUUAAACGGCUGAAAACUUAUUUAAUGGUUAAAAAUGUGAACUCGAAAAUUUCAACGAGUUUAAAUAAUAUUAUCUUACCUAAGGUUGGUAAGUAUACGAUAAUAUUAAAACGAAACUUUUUAAAUGGGGAAUCAAUAUAUUGUAGGAAAAAGAAGUGGUUGAUAAGUGGGUGGAUGGGUGAGUGAGUGUGUAGCUUGAGUUGGUUGUUGAUAGGGUGAGAAGGGAAGGGGGAAAUUCGCGAUAGGAAUUCGCGUUAGAGAAACUCGCAUAGGUUACCUAUCCUACCUACCUACCUACCUACCUACCUACCUACCUACCUACCUACGUACAUACAUGCAUACAUAUAUAUGUAUAUAUACAUGUCUAUAUAUAUAUAUAUAUAUAUAUAUAUAUAUAUAUAUAUAUAUAUAUAUAUAUAUAUAUACGUAAGUACAUACGUGCAGUGUCACGCGUUAUAUGCCGAGAUGGAAGAAUUAUCUUGCGAUCCGUCCCCGUAACAUUCGGUAUGAUUAAUGGUGAUGAUCUUGUCGCGAUCCUACGCUCGUUACCCCUCCGUUCCCAUCACCCUGUCCCUUCUCUAUCAGAGAGUCUCCCAAACUCUGCUAAAUCCUUGGUUGGUUCUCCGUAACGGACCAUAUCGCAGCUUCCACGACUCAGUUCGCGUCACGUAUCCACCGAGAUUUCGAUGCGAUCUAUAACGAGCCAUACAAACGUACGUAAUAUCGCAAAAAGUUUGACGGCUUAAUUUUUUAAUUAAGCCAUUUUCACUCGAAUCUUUUUUAUCGAAACGUAAUCACCAUUGAUUCACGUAAAAGAUAAUAAACUUGGAUCUCAUUAUGUUUUCUAGUUCUUAUUCUUUCGUGUUUUUCUUAUUUUUUCGUUCCGUUCUGGUUUUCUUAUUUGAAAAGAAAAGACAAAAAAAAAAAAGAAAAGAAAAAAGAAAAGAAAAAAGAAAAAAGGAAAGAAAAUGUAACAACAGUCGAAUAGUAUAUGUCCGAUGAAUUACACGAACGUAAUUAUCGAUCGAAGUGCCAAAUUACGUGUUCAAUGAGAUUACAGAGAAAAAGAGAGAGAGAGAGAGAGAGAGAGAGAGAGAGAGAAAUUUUAAAAGGAAAGAAAGGAGAAAAGAAAGAAAAGAGAACAAAAAGGAAAAAAAAAGAAUCACGUGUUGUUUCGUCUCCUCCUCGCUAUUGGAAAUAAUAAUUCAAUUUAAUUUUUCCAUCGUACCAACGUAAUACCAAUUCGGGGAUUAUAUAUCCUUUUUUUCUUCCUCCCCCUUUUUACUUUUAUCAAUUCACACGUAUAUCAAACGUAUAUAUAAAUAUCGUACCGCGCAUAUGUAAGUAAAUAAGUAAGUAAGUACGUACGUAUGUAUUCGUUCUGUAAUAUACUUUAUAGGACGUUAUGAGAUAAAGAAGCAAAGAAAAAAAAAAAGAAAAAGAAAAAAAAGGAGAAAAAAGAAAAAAAAAAAAGGAGGAAAAAGUAAAAAAAGAAAAAAGAGGAAAAAGUAAAAAAAAAAAAAAAAGAAAAAAAAACAAGGAAAAAAGUAACGUUUAUAAUGUUGAUAUCGUUCGAUAUUAUAUCGAAUAAUUGUCCCAUUUGAACGAGAACGUAAGAAAAAACCUAAAGUACACGGUAAUAAUAAACCACGUAUAUGUAGGUAUGUAUAAUCUCUGAUUAAAACUCCCUCCCACUUAUAGACCAACCAUCUAUGACAGCCCUCCUCCCAACCUCCUGCACUCCCUUUCCCCCCAAAUCUUCCCUUUAAUUAACGUCUAACGAUAAUUUAAUUUCAAUUAUAAUCAAAGUUUUCUACUACGUCUGUCUACUACGUUAGUUCAAUUAAUCGAUAUAUAAUCGUUCCACUUAAUCAUAGAAUUUACAGGCAGCAUGUUUGUUUGAUUACUAUCAAAGACGAACGUUGCAAACGUUGAUCGAUUAACGUGUCCCAUUUGGGGACUAAUGCGAUAAUACGCAUUGUUGUCAGAGUUGUCGGGCUCCGUUCCAUCUCCGCAACACAAUUAAUCGCGAAAUCGCACGUUAAUUCGAUGAUCAUACUCCUAUUCCCUGUAAAUCGUCUCGAUAUAAUCGACGAUUUUACCAAUAUCGAAUAUCUAUCGAUUUAGGAUAACUUAUCAAUAAAGAUUUUCCGUGUUCUAAAAUAUACCUAAGCGUACGUACGUACGUGUGUGUGUAUGUGUAUGUGUGUGUGUGUGUGUGUGUGUAUGUGUGUGGCUGUAUAUGUACGUGCGACUGUAACUUUGUACGCGUGCAUGCAUGUGUGCUUGCUUGCGUGCGUCCAUGCAUGCAUGCAUUUGUGCGAGUCCGUGGCAUAAUCGAGAACAAUGAUUACGAGUCGACAUUGUUCUCCAUCAUGUUUCUCAUUCCGGAUCUGAGUAUACCUCUUCCCCGUAACUUUCAAAAUUAGCUUAACACGUUCUAAUUAUGAUUAUGAACAUUCUCGAUGAAGACGACAAUAGUGAUAUUAUCGGUGAAUUAAAAUAAAAUUAAAUAAAAGGAAAAAUGAAAAACAAGAGUUCCGUCAUAUUUGAUUUGGAAUACUUUUUGGUAAUAUUUAUUGAUAAAUAUUCACGAAGAGGAAUGAAAUAGAAGAAGAAAUGAUAGAAAGAAAGAAAGAAAGAAAGAAAGGAAAGAUCAAUUUUUCGUUCAUUUCAUGUUACUCAAUUCUCAAACAUUUUACGUACGAUAAAAUUUCUAUUACGAUUAAUUCGAUCGAUCGUUGAAUUUUUUCUAGAACGUUUUGGUUAUUUUUGAAUUUUUUUUUUUCCCUUUUUUCCUUUUUUACUUUUAUUUAUUUAUUUUUUUUUUUUUUUUAUCAGGUAUACGUACUUACUCUCUCCAGGUAUAUUUAUUUAAAAACUGAUUGCGGAAGAUAAAAUCCAUAGCCGCAAAAGCCUUAUGCGUUUUAAUCAAUGCCAAAAAGAGACCAAAAAUCGAUAGACCAUAUCUCUUUAUACAUCGUCAGAGUAAUCGAUCUCUCUCUCUCUCUCUCCCUCUCUCUCUCUCUCUCUCUCUCUCUCUCUCGCCAUUUUAUUGCUUUUUCCAUACUACAACCAUCGUACAAUUUCAUAAAUUUUUUAUUUUCCUUCUCCCUGAUUUUUUCUUCUUCCAUACAUUUUCUCAUUUUUGUUUUCUCCCUUUCUGUUCUUUUUAUUUUAUUUUAUUUAUUUAUUUAUUUUUUUUUUCUUUUUUGGAAUCGAACUAUCGAUUAAUCUAAAAUCGUUAUCUCGCGCCAAGCGAAAUAAUAAAGAGGAAGAGAAGAGAAGGGAGGGAAGAUAAGAGAGAAAUAAAAGAACAAUGUACGCAGGUGUAUUUACACGAUAAACUUGUGUCAAUCUAUUUUUCUUUUUCCUUUUUUUUUUAUUUUUUUCUUUUUUUUUUUUUGACUUUUUUUAUUACUUCCGACGACGAUUACAGAAGAACUAAAGAUGAUAGAUAACGGAGAACGAGAAAAGAAUAUUGAAAAGUAAGAGAGAUAAAGAAAAAUAAAGAAAAAGAGAAAACGAUAUUAUCAAAAAAAAAAAAAAAAAGAAAGAAAAAGAAAAAAGAAAAAAAGAAAUGAAAAAGUGAGAGACAGAUAGAUAGAAAAAAAGAGAGAGAGAGAGAGAGAGAAAGACCAACGCGGUUUCAAGGAAAACAUUUAGAAAAGACGUCGUUCUUUUAUAAAAGAUAUAAGAUGAAUGGACAAAGACAACAAGAAAAAUAAAAAUGAAAACACAAAAGAAAGAAAGAAGAAAAGAAA